AUGACUUUCCCAAACACGACGGGCACUGGCGAUGCAGAGAUCCUCGACAGCGGCAUCGCCAGGCUCGCCGUCAAUGCCGUCGUUGUCGCCUCCGUCAUGACCGCCCUGGCCUUGGUACUGACCUUUACUCGUUUUGCGAUCCGAAUCCAGGGAGGAUGGGGAAGCGACGACACCGUCCUCGCGGUGUCGCUCAUAUUUCUCAUAGUGCAACUUGUUUGCCAAUUCCUCCUUGCCUUUUGGGCCGGCGAGGGCUGGAGCAUGGAGGAUAUGAUGGUAUACCCUGAUAGGAUCACCAGGACAUUACAGGUUAGUGAUCAGUCGAUAAGUGGAAGACUCGGCGGUUCACCCGUACGCUUGACUGACUCGUCCCAGUUGAUCGUCUUUCCUUCCUUCAGCUAUGGUAUAGCGACCGCUCUGAUCAAGACCUCGAUUCUGCUUUCCUACAGACGCAUCUUCGGCCACAUGAAGAAGGUUAGGAUAUCGAUCUGGAUUCUACUUGGCCUUACCUGGGCUUGGUGUCUGUCAAACAUCUUCGGCAUGGCUUUCCAAUGCUCUCCUAUCCGCAAGGCGUGGAUACCCGAGACUCCAGGAACAUGCAUAGAUUUGAUUGCUUUCCUCUGGGGGAACUCUGUUUCCAACUUGCUCAUCGACUGGUUCAUCCUGGCCGUGCCAAUUGGCCCGGUACUCAAGCUCCAGCUCCCUCUAGUCAAGAAGAUUCUCGUCGGGGGCGCGUUUCUGUGCGGAUCGCUUGCAUGCAUUGCCAGCACAAUCCGGGCAGCCCAUACCAAGGACUUUAAUCCAGCUGAUCUCGGCAGAACGGUCUACUAUGCUUCUAUUUGGAUCUACAUUGAGCCUCCGAUGGCCAUCAUCUCGUGUUGCCUGCCUUUUCUCAGCAGGGUUUGGGGCGCCCGGGCCAUGAGGGGAGUCAAAUCUCUGACGAAUCGUGUCACGAACAGCAGCAAGGGAGGCGCCAAGGACUCAUCGACAGGGGCGAGCAACAAUCAGUCGAGGUUCAUGGCACUCGAGAGCUCGCCUGGGGAGACGAGCCGCCAUUGGGACGAUCGUCAUCAAACAAGCAUGGACUCUAGGAAUAUCCGCAAAACCACGACUACCAUGGUCCACGGUCACGACGCAAACCCGGCCAUGGAACUGAGGCCCUACGAAUUCUCUGUGAAUGGGGCACAAAGGACUGCCAGGACGGAAUCACAAAAUUCACUGGUAUAA